UUCAAUUUUACAUCCCCACUUCUUGAAGCCUUGGGGCGGCUAAUUGUUCCAAGGUUUUAUAUCGUGGGUUUUUUUUAGAAAAAAAACUAGCACUUUCCGAAAAUGAAGGCAUUUAUAAGUUGUUGUUUUCUUUUUCUAUCUCUAAUAACUUUAUCUUUCUCAGUACAAUCUUGUUUUUCUCUAACAAAUGAUGAAGUUUCAUUCAUCGUUAAUAGGCAGCUUUUAACUUUCGAAGAGAAUGGUGGAAAUCUACCGGACGAUAUUGAAUACGAAGUAGAUAUCAAAGAAGUGUUUGCCAAUUCAAGACUUCGCCGAGCUUAUAUUGGUCUUCAAGCAUGGAAAAAAGCUAUCUAUUCAGACCCAUUUAACACAACUGGUAACUGGGUUGGUCCUAAUGUGUGUGCUUAUAAUGGUGUUUUCUGUUCGCCUGCUCUUGAUGAUCCAAAUAUGAGCGUCGUCGCUGGUGUUGAUAUUAAUGGAGCUGAUAUUGCUGGUCACCUUGUUGUUGAAUUGGGCUUGUUGACUGAUAUGGCAUUGUUUCACAUCAAUACCAACAGGUUUUGUGGGAUUAUUCCUGAAAGCUUUUCCAAGUUGACACUUCUACAUGAAUUUGAUGUUAGUAAUAACCGAUUCGUUGGUCCGUUUCCAAAGGUUGUUCUUUCGCUUCCUGCACUUAAAUAUCUUGACCUUAGGUUCAAUGAGUUUGAAGGGAAGUUACCUAAAGAGCUCUUCGACAAGGAGCUAGAUGCAUUGUUCUUGAACGAUAACCGUUUCGAGUCUAACUUGCCAGAGAACUUUGGAAAUUCACCUGUUUCGGUUGUUGUUUUGGCUAACAACAAAUUCACAGGUUGUAUUCCUAAAAGUAUUGGAAACAUGGGUAACACAUUAGAGGAGAUUAACUUGCUCAACAAUGAAUUCUCUGGUUGUUUCCCCAAUGAGAUUGAGAAUUUGGGUAAUGUCACGGUAUUUGCUUCUGGAUCCAAUGACUUUACAGGAAUUGUUCAGAAGACUUUUUGCAGAUUAAAGAAUCUUGAAAUUUUGGAUUUCUCAGACAACAAGUUGACAGGCUUUAUUCCUGAGAAUUUGUGCACUUUACCACAACUCAAGAAUUUUACAUUCUCACACAAUUUCUUUAAUGGUGAAGCACCAAAAUGUGUUCCAUCCAAGAACGUCGACAUUUACUUUGAUGAUGUAGACAAUUGUUUGCCUGGAAGACCAAAACAGAAGGACGCAAAGGAAUGUGCAGCAGUUGUCAACAAACCAGUCGAUUGCGGUAAAUCCCAAUGUGGUGGUGGUUCAUCCUCUUCUUCACCAACAGUUGCUCCUUCAACCCCGUCAGCACCAAAACCAACACCAGCUACAUCAAAACCAACACCAUCUACACCAAAACCAACUCCAUCACCAAAACCACAACCAGCUGUUCCGGUUCACCCUCCAACAACUAAGCAAAGCCCAGUCACACAAAAGAGAAACUCACCACCCGCUAACUCUCCUAAACCACCAGUAAAGACACCCCCAUCGCCUGUGAGCUCGACACCAUCACCCACGAAAUCAUCCCCGGUGAACAGGCCUCGGCCUCCAACAGUGAACUCUCCCCCACCACCUGUGCACUCUCCUCCCCCACCACCAGUCCACUCUCCCCCACCACCGAUCCACUCUCCACCUCCACCCGUCCACUCUCCACCACCACCAGUCCACUCUCCACCACCCCCGGUAUACUCUCCCCCACCACCACCUGUGCACUCUCCCCCACCACCACCUGUCCACUCUCCCCCACCACCAGUGCACUCUCCCCCACCACCAGUGCACUCUCCUCCACCACCAGUCCACUCUCCACCACCACCACCACCAGUGCACUCUCUCCUCCACCAGUCCACUCUCCCCACCACCACCAGUGCACUCUCCCCACCACCUGUUCACUCUCCACCACCACCUCCAGUUUUUUCACCCCCGCCUCCAGUACACUCACCCCCACCCCCGCCUGUUUUCUCACCGCCACCUCCAGCUCCAGUACACUCCCCACCACCACCUGUAUUCCCAGACUUCAUCCUUCCACCCAACAUAGGUUUCCAAUACUCGUCACCUCCUCCACCAAUGUUUCCAGGCUACUAACUAGUUUCUGUUUGAUCUCUUUCCCCCAUUUUCUUCAAUCCCACCUUUGUCAGUUGAGGAGAAGAAGACUCUGAUCGUCAUCAUGUGAAAUCAACAGAAGAGCAAGAUCGAAUUACGAGAAAAAGAUGACUAUACUUUGUAUUUUUUGUAUGAAGAUAUAAUGUAUACAAAACCAUAAGCCUUCUAAUGGAGAGUAAUUUUUUUUUUUUUAUUUCACCAUGUAAUUACAUUUUAGGGAAGCUUUACUUCCACCCGAUCUUACUACAAAACAAGGAAAACCAUUUGCUUUCAACUCUAUCUUAUUGUAUUAAUU